UUUCCACCACAACAAUCAUAUCCACAACCACAACCACAAUAUCCGCAACCACAACAACCAAUUUCGCAGCAACAAGCACAACUACAACAACAACAACAACAACAACAACAACAACAACAACAACAACAACAACAACAACAACAACAACAACAACAACAACAACAACAACCGUCGAGCCAGGUCUCCUACCAGCAGCCUCAGCAACAAUAUCCAUCAGGCCAGGGCUUCUUCCAGCCAUCUCAGCAAAACCCACAGGCCCAGGGCUUUGUCCAACCUCAGCAACUGCCGCAGUUCCAGGAAAUAAGGAACCUAGCGCUGCAGACGCUACCAGCAAUGUGCAAUGUCUACAUCCCUCCAUAUUGCUCGACCACCAUUGCGCCAUUUGGCAUCAUGAGUACUAACUGAGAAGAGAAGAACUCUAUUACUAGAUAUAUGAAACACCGUUUUCUUAAAACAUGGUUUGGUCGUUGUAGCGGUGAAAAAUAAAGUGACAUGCACUAUCAUGUAAGAACCCGAACUAGACUAUUUCAAACUUGGAAAUAAAAGACAAACACAGGUCUUGUCUGCA